ACAAUAUGCAAAUGAAAAUAUCUUCAGGAAUAUAAUGUGUAGGUAUUUAAGAAUAAAAGUCAUGUUAAACAGUAACGUUGACUUCGAUAGAUAAUUAACAUGAAGUUCAGUGAGAUAAGCUUCAAAGUAAAAACACAAUUCAAUUUGAACGCUAAAUUAAAAGCUCUCAAAGUGGCCGAUGAAAGGUGUCUUUAGAAAUACUGCAGUGACACAUUUUUCCUUCACAAAGUAUUCCCAAUAGUGUUUCUAAACAUGGAGGUAAGCUGCUGCAUCCGCCCGCCGCCGUGAUCCAGUAAGUUUGCUUCUGACAGGAAGAUUAUCGGAAGCUUUGUAACGAGCGAUUGCUAUGACCCAAAUUGAUAUUAUAGGUCUGUCGGUGUGGCACCGGCGCUGGUGCUGCGUGGCCAUCCUGGUGCUGGUGGCGGGCACAGCGUGCGUGGCGGGCCCGCUGGCGCUGCGGGCCCCGCCCGGCGCGCCGCUGCACGAGCGUCUGCGCCUCGCUGAGCGCUUGCUGCACGACACUCCGCUCAUAGACGGCCACAACGACCUACCCUGGAACAUAAGGAAGUUUCUACACAAUAGGAUUAAGGAUUUUAAUUUCGACGAGGAUUUGCGGACCAUCUCCCCCUGGGCAACAAGUUCGUGGAGCCACACCGACCUGCCGCGACUGAAACAAGGCAGAGUGGCCGCACAGUUCUGGGCCGCGUACGUGCCGUGCGACGCGCAGCACCGCGACGCUGUGCAGCUGACAUUCGAACAAAUUGACUUGAUACAGAGGCUCACGGACAAGUACCACCCACAGCUCACGCUCUGCACCUCCGCACAAGAUAUAGUGACGGCCCACGCCAACCACAGGCUGUGUUCAUUAGUGGGGGUGGAGGGGGGGCACGCUAUCGGAGGCUCUCUCGGUGUGCUGCGGACUCUGUACCAGGUGGGAGUGCGCUACCUGACGCUCACCUCGACUUGUGACACACCGUGGGCUGAGUGCGCGUCCGGCGACAAGCCCGAACCGUCCCCACGAGGCGGCCUCACACCGUUUGGAAAGAUUGUGGUGAAGGAAAUGAAUCGUCUGGGGAUGUUAGUUGACUUGUCACACGUGUCAGAGCGUACGAUGCGCGACGCGCUGGCAGUGUCACGAGCGCCCGUGCUCUUCUCGCACUCGUCGGCGCGCGCGCUUUGCAACGUGACGCGCAACGUGCCCGACUCUGUGCUACGGCUGUUGGCCGCCAACAAGGGCCUCAUCAUGGUCAACUUUUAUACGUCAUUCCUGACGUGUAAAGAUACUGCUACGGUUCAAGAUGCUAUUGCACACAUUAAUCAUAUAAGGGAUGUAGCCGGCGUGGACAGUGUAGGCCUCGGCGCUGGCUACGACGGCAUUAAUUAUACCCCGCAAGGACUGGAGGACGUCUCCUCAUACCCGCUGCUGUUCGCGGAAUUAAUGGAGGAAGGGUGGAGUAUAGAAGAACUUCGGAAGUUAGCGGGACUCAACCUGCUACGAGUUAUGGGCGCCGCGGAGCGCGUCGCGAGCGAGCUCGCCUCCGCUCAAGUCACACCCUACGAGGAUGUCCCGCCAAAACUCUACGACGCUCACAACUGUUCCAGUCAAGACCUUUAGGACGUGACUGAAAACGCAGUUAUUAUUUUUUGAAGGUCUGUUAAUAUGUUAGAAUUUAUAAAAAAUAUGUAAUUCUGAACAUCGAACUCGGUUGUGGUGUAGGUUCCAGCUGACUGACGUAUAUUAAGCAAGUAGCAAGCAUGCGGACCCUUGACACUAGUGUUUAACACUCGGUUACUAAAUAAUAAUAAAUCCAGCCUGUAUACGCCGUACUGCUGGGCCUCCUCCCAAACGAAAGAUGUUUGAGUAUUGAUCACCGCGCUAGCUCACUGCGACCUGGCGAUUUCAGAUUCCAACAUUUUUAAACCAGAUUGCCUACCGAUGUAUUCCUUCACUUAUAGUUUCAAGUUUCAAGACCUCAGUAACUAUCUUGUAAAAUAUAAUGUUCCAAAAACCCUCUCUAUGCAUUUUCGGUAUAUAAAAUAAAUGCUUAUUUAUAUCUCUGAAUAUCGUUAAAGUAUUAAAAGCGAAUUCCGAAAACUUUUCCUUUUAGCAAGAAAGCAAGGUGAAGGGCCUCAGUCCAUUUUGAUUGUCCGUUAGCCGGGCACUAGGUUGUAAUAAAUAAUAGUCAUCUAUCUCAAUUCAGCUUUGGGCUAUACACAACAAUACCCACACACAUUAUUUACCUAGCAUUUAAUCAGUUCGUAAACAUACCUAUUACUUACAGGACGAUACUAAAACAAGAUUGGGCUAUUAAUUACCGUUUUAUGUGAAUGUCACCAACAAUAACACAAUUAUUGUUAUCGCUUUUAUUAUUAUUUCGAGCAGAAAAUCAUAGGGGUUAUUUAUUUUUAUUUUAUCUUCAACUAAAUAAAUGAUGUCAUAUGUAUACUAUAAUUUCACCAAUGUCAUUUACUUUUGAACAGCUAUCAACUCUGUUCUUCCACAAUUUCUUUCUUAUCUUAGAAGAGAUUUAAGAAUUUCGUAUAGGUGCGAUAAAAAUUGAACAAUGCGACAGGUUAUUCAACUUUAUAGAUACCUACGGCGGUGCCUUGAAACUUACCUAUUGCAAUCUCAAUCACUUUAGAAACUGCACUUUCCCGAUUUAUUCUUCGGGAUCCCCGAGUAAAAAGUCGAUAUCAGUUUGAACUUCUGCGGACAGUGCUCCGCUAAGUCUCAUGGAGACAAUGAGAUAUGCUCGCUCUCUAAGUUAACUGAAAUUCCACUCGACUGAUUUUGGUAAA